UCUGGCUCUCUGACUGGGGUUGAGGUGGCUCCUUUUAUAGUGGACCCGGAUGUGCUCCAGGUGUUUCCUGACUGGGUGGUGGAAAUGGUACCACAAAGGGCUCAGUUGUACCUGCAGUACUCCUUGGCAGUACCCACGAAGCCCAACAGGGCUGCUUCCAGGUACAACUCAUGGCAUGACCUGCGAGAAUCUGUGGCGCUGUAGCAACCCGGGGGUAGGGGGAAGGGGGUGCCCUCUAGUGUCCUAAAUAUGGUCUUUCCCUCGGUACUUCCACCCAGCUAUCAUCCCAGCUGGGUAAUGGUCAUUGCCCAUCCGUCACAAAUUAUUUAUUUAUUUUAUUACGGGGCCCCAAGGAACACAUCUAGCCUUGACCCCACACUCAUGCACUUAACACAGAGACAAACAGGCUUAAAGUAUAUAUUAAGCAAAUAAUGAAAAGAUAAAAAAAAGUUUUAAACAAACAUGUAUGCAAAAGUCCUCUCUUCUGACAGCAAUAAUAAUUUUUAUAAACCGUACACUUAAGAAACUUAACGAAACGCUAAACACUAGACGUUAUGACUCAAUCCAAAACAAGUUUUCAGUGCAUCAAAUGUGGAUAAUGGACAGAAUGAAUUGUGAUGCCAAGUGAACAGUUUCCUGAAAGUUUUGUCCUAUCAUGUUCCAGUUGUGUGAAGAUAUGUUAAAGUUGGAAUUGUUUUCCCAGAUGAUAAUGUAUAUCGACUCAGAUGAAACUGCACAAACAAGCAGGCACAGGACAAGCACAUAAGUCCAGAAUGAAACUGUAAUACAAACAAAAUUACAUUCCAGUGGAGGGGUGAGAAGCAUAGAAAUAUACAUUAUAUGAAUGUAUACAAAUGAGUGCCAUCCUCGCUGCAUCAUUUUGCUUCUUUUUAUAAGAGAGUGCCUAAUUCACAGCAAUCCCAGCCACUCUGAAGCUGUCCAAUGCUGUAAAACUGCCGCGGCUGCUCAGAGUUGUAAGGAAUUCAAGUAGUGCUGCUACAACUUAGCUGCUGAUAAGAGAGCAGUUCCAGUGAUGCAUCAUAAAAGUGAAUUGUCAUUAGUGUAAAGGAGUGCCAGUUGGGUUUCUUGACACACUGCUGCUGAAAGAAUCACUGGCUGAAAUCACUCAGUGCUAGUGUGUCAUACAGAGGAUGGGCAGCAUUGUCUAUUUCUGUUCAUUCUCAUCUCCAUUAUUAAAUACAGGGGGUCAAGUGCAUAUCCCAUAACUGAGCCUGCCCUCUUAAUUAGAUUGUUGAUUAGGUGGGCAUCUCUUGAUUUGAAUUAAACAAAAUGAGGAAAAAUAUUCAAAGCACAUCAAAUCAAUCUUAACAAGAGAAAAAUCUUGUCAUAUACACCUUAAAGAUGUGAAAAAGUUAUUGUCCGUUCCUAAGCUAAAGUCACUUACAAUUAAAGAAAGUAAUUAGGUUCUGGUGUUUGAAUAAUUUGGCUCCAUAUUUGUGAAGAUGCCAGCACACUGGCAGAUCAUACCACAAUAAAUAGACAUUCCUGAAAUCCUGUGAUUCUUGAACUAUUCCAAAGUCAUCCAUCAGGUUUCCUGGGUGCACCUUCACCAUACAGCAGGAUCAGGUGCAGCAUAGCCUUCCAGUGCCAGAUCUUUAUUAGACAAAAGAAGACAGGGGUAAUUCUGAAAGUUUGUGUACCAAAAUCAAAGAGCAGAUUGACAAUAAGCCACUGAGCAAGGAGGUCAGGUAACACUAGUAAUUGUGGAUUUGAACAAGCAUGGUGAAGGCCCUUAGCCCAUUUCUGGCCUGAAAUCCAAGGCUGUGAUCUGAAUCUAGGAUCCCUAGUCGGUUCUUGAAUCUAGGAUUGGCUCCUAUCUUCCAUAAGCCAAUACUAAACUUUAUAAGCCUAUUUAGAAAUUGGAUGAGCUUUAUCACAUUAUUGCGUCUUACACAUAUGAAAAUGUGAUUAGUUGCUAUGUGCUAUUCAGUAAUUUUUACAAAUUAAAUUCUACCACUGCAUUAACCUAUAUCAGAUUCCCUGGAAAUCUGUCCUUUUUUGUCAUAUUAAAUGUCUCGGUUCAGUUUGCUUCUGAGACUAAUGUUUUUAAGUUAAUCAUGCAACCUGUAUAAAAUGAUAUUCCAUAAAGUUGUCCAGUCGUGGAUAUGGACUGAUGAAAUGUUCAGAUUACCAAAAGUGAGAGUAUUGUGUCUUCUUGCUUUUCUCUUGUUUUCUCUUUUUCCAGGAAAAUUCCAAAAAUGCAAUCAAUACCAAUUGUUUGUGCCUUCCUUAUACUGAAAUGCUUUUUGGUGAACACAGAAUCACAAAACAUAUCAUGUGUGCUGGAGAAGGAAGGGGACAUGUAUGUCCUAGUGACCCUUCCAGUCUGCUCAUCUUCUACAGACACUAUCAGCAGCUCUAAUUGGGAACAUUUUGUCCAGGAACUCACACCUGCACUGGACAUAUUCCUGGGCAACUUUCCUGGAUUUACGAUGGGUUACAAAAUCUUUACAAUGUGCGGAAAUUGCUUUAACCAAACUGCUGAGAAAAAUUUGACAGUGCUUGUUCACGUGACAAGCAGUGAAGUUAACUUCAAUUUUGAUUUUUAUGCACCUGCUAAGAUUGAACUGACUGAAGACAUUAUGCAUACAAGGACAUCUCCAGAAGCUGUCAAGAAAGCAUUUGAAGAUUUAUUUAUAAAGCUACACUGGAACGUCACUGAAAUUAUGUAUGAAAAAUCCAGUAAAUACAUUGAGUUUCAAAAUGAGUACAGUGCUAAUUACUGUACAAACAAGCCGUUGAUAAUAACUGAUUUCACUACAAAGGAAGAUGUCAUUAAGAAUCAAGUCAUGCAGUCCAGUGCUAAUGCUACUGCAUAUUUUGGCAAAUUUAAGGAUUUUGUGACACUUUUUAAAGCAUUUAACAACACAAGAAAGACAUUUAUAUACUGUUGUCUUCAAAAUCUACACAAUCUGCAAUCUGAUUAUGGAGAAACAGACUUAACCAGCACAGUUCUUCUCUACUAUGACCUUCAAGGUUUUGGUAAUGGAUUUGAAGCAUACAUUACGACAUUCAUGAAAUACUGGAAAUACAACAAUGCAAAUAUCACUAUCACUGUGAAUUGUCAAAAUAAGCCAUGGCAAAAUGGCAGUUAUAUGAAUGAACGGGAUAUUGUGCAGAUGUUCUGGACUUACGAUUUUACCAGAAGCCUUUAUAAAAAUGUCUACAGAACGUGUGUUCCAAACUUCCAUGCAUGCAAGACAUGGGCCAGCAACUCGUCAAAUGUGACAAGUGAGAUGACACAAUUUAAGAGAGAUAUUGAAAAUCUGAAGAACUUCAAAGUUGCAUACAAGUUAAGUGCUUACUAUGUGCAAGCAGACAAAUCGGAAAUCACUUUGACCUGCAGCAAAGACCUCAGUCUACCUUUGUCACCAUCAAGCUGCAAUAACGUCUGUCCCUCAUGGAAAAAAAAGGUGAUAAAUGGGAGCUGUUGUGCCAAGUGUUAUGAUUGCCCCAAUGGAACCUUCAGCAAUGGAACAGAGUGCCUGCCCAUCAUGGUUGCCCAUAAGUAUGUGAUUUAUAUUCUGUCACCAGCUGGAAUCCUCCUGUGUGCUGUGGCACUCUUCAUCUUCCUGACUCAUGCCAACACGCCCAUUGUAAAAUCCUCCGGAGGGGGUAUCUUCUACUGCUAUCUAGCUGGCCUCAUCAUUGCUUUCUCCAGUGCUUUCUUAUUCACAGAAAUGCCAACAGAUGAUGUAUGUCGCAUAUGUCUACCUCUGGCUGCCCUGGGGUUCUCUCUCUGUGUCUCCAGUAUUCUGGCCAAGUCUUGCCGCAUACUUCUUGCUUUUUCCAGCACUUCAGAAAGACCAAGCAAGUUUCAGCUGCAUUUCUACAUUGUUAUCAUUGUCUUGGGUACUCUGGGAAAUGCUGUCAUUUGCUUGAUGUGGAUGCUGAUUGACCCUCUGAGAGUCAAGUAUCUGCCAGAAGGACAGCGAUUCACUAACGUGGUGUGUGACCUCACUGAUUCACUUUGGUGCAUUCUUUGUUUCGGCUAUCUGGCGCUGCUGUGUUUGGCAACAUGGAGCUUGGCCAUCAAGAGUACGGCUCUUCCUCCAAGCUUUAUUGAGUCUCACUCCAUCUCCUUCAGCAUGCUGUUCUUCCUCACCAUUUGGAGCUGCACUCUGCUUAUCACUCUGAACCAAAGCAAAGAUCUACAAGCAGUAAUGUUUGGAGUGUCCAUUGUCUUGUCUUCUUGGUGUAUCUUGGGUUGCAUCACCCUUCCUAAGGUUUUCAUCAUUUUGUGGAGACCACAGAAGAAUACCCAACAGUGGAUAAACUACCUAACUUAUGAGUACUGCCGGCAUGUCGCUUACGAAGCUGAUUUGAAUUUUAAGGCUCAGCAUUUGAAUGCCUCUUCAACAGAAACUGUGUUUUCUGUUGACUUGUAAAACAGCAUUGAGUUUCUUUAUGAGGUCUCAAGAUACCACAGCACCCGUGAAUGAAUGGACUUGUUCCUGUUUUUAGGCUUUCACUUCCAAAUUGGGUUAAAUUGUCCUUUAGAUCAUGCUUAUAUGUAAUGGGUAGAGCAACAUACAUACAUUUUCAAACCUACUUAAUCUAUUUCAGGGUUGUGGGGGGAUGAAGCCUAACCCAGCAUCAUAACCUUCAAAGCUGGAAACACUGGACAGGAUACUACUCAAUUGCAGGGUACGCACACACAUGGGCAACUCCACUUGUUGAGAAUUUCGAUUAAGGAUCAAUGUGCUUUAUUACUUGUUUUAGUGCUAUUAGCUUUAAAAAGCUUAGGCCCGAGGCACCAUUAAAUGGUCACCAUUUAUUUUAGCUUAAGUGUCAUUAGCCUGCCUGUCUUUUUAUUUGCUUUGAGCUUUCAGGCAGGCAGAUUUUGUUUUGGAAAUGCAGGUGCUGAGCUUUCUGACUGACCUUAGACUAAACAGGCUUCUGCAUGCAUUCAAGGUCUUUAAUUUUAAGAAAACUAAGCGGGUUCUCAAGUUAGCGCGUAAACACAUAAGCACUUACAUGGCAUUUAGAUUUAUAUAUUAAGGUUCCUUAAUACCUUAGGUGAACAAGUUAAAGUAAAAUGUUUUAUGUUAACUAGUUUGAGCUCUAUAGGAGUUUAAGAAUUGAUUAAUGAAGGCUAGGAACUUUUGCCUUUUUUUAAGCGGAUGCCUGUGAGCUUGAGGAGAGGGGUGCGGUGGUUGCCUGCUUCAAUGCCCAGCAACUCAGCCUCUGUGCUAGCAAGUCAGAUAAUUUGCCACUGUGUGCCACUACCUACGUGCAGCUGCCUUUGUUCGCAGGCUUUCACAUUGGCACUCAUACAUAUAUUUUCGACAGCGUUUAAAUUUAUACUUCAAUGCUUCUUUAUGAAUCAGAAUGAUAAUAAAAAAAGUUACAGCAGAAUGUAUUAAACUAGUUAGCUUUUAGCUAUGUAAGAAUUAAUUGUUAAAGGCUUGUAUUUUUCCUUUCUUUUAAGUUGCCAGGAAGCACCAUGCCAAGGCUGUCUACAGCUUAGCCCUUGUCAGUGAAGCUGUGUGCUGCUGCUUACCGGCUUUUCUGCCUAUUAUUUUAGCCUUAAAGGAUGCUAGUGCAACAAGUAAUUAUUAUUAAUUGAGCAGUCCAGCAUUCACAUGUGGGUCUGCUGAUUCCAACUCAAUGGUGAGAACUGAUUAACCAAAAGGCCAUCAGUUUUUAACAGCUCAGAAUUAGGGAUGUUAGAAUGAAGGCAGAGGUGAUCAAAUAACGUCCUUCAAGCCAAAGAGAUUGUUAAAAGAAGAUGGACUGGGAAAGAAAAUUGUUAUCAGAAGGUCUACUGAGAAGAAGAUUGUUAUGGGGAAGUCCAAGGGGCAAGGGUAUUGUUAUGAGAAAGUCUGCAAAACCAGGUGAUUGUUAUGAAAAACAUAUUAUCAUGUAGAAAACCUGUAAAACAGAUGAUGGGGAACACUGUGAAGGGGGGAUAUUCUGAGAUAAGAAUUGUAAUAAAUUUGAGGCUCACCUUAAGCUUAGGCUCACUUCAAUUGAACUGAGACAGGCUUGAUGUGCUCUGCGAUGGUUUUCUAUGCUGUGUAAUAAAGUCUAAUUCUGACUGCC